AUGUCUACCACACACAAAUCAUCUACUUCCAAAGUGAUUGAUGAAUUGCAGUCAGAGAUUGAUGAUCUAAAGUGUGAACUCAAUGAAACAAAGGAGAUUCUUGGUGAAACUAAACAAAAGAAUUCGAUUUUAAAGCGUCGUAACGAUACGUUGGUUGAACAAUUAUCAAAUGCUAAACAUGAGAGUGACAUGUCUGAGGCACUACUAAAGAGAAAGCAGCGCCGAGUUCUAGACCUUGAAAACCAAAUGACGGAGACAAUUUCAAAGGCGGAUUCUUUACAGUUCGAAACUGACAAUAUGAGAAAGAGAAUGAAUACGCUUCAAGAUAAAGAGAGUGCUGCAGUGUCUGAGUGCCAGAGACUAAAGGUUUCCUACGACGCCAUAGCGACGGCUCAAGCAGAGUAUAAGAAGCUUAUGGAUAGAAAUGUUGCAGAAUUGGAGCAAAAGAUUAAAGUCUUUCUUGAAGAGAGAAGACAGACGUUGAAUGAUAACAUCGAUUUAUUGAAACGACAAGAGCCGGAGAUUAUGGCUUCAUAUAAAGUGGUAGUCAAGAAUACCCAGAGAUUGGAAGAGAUGUAUGUGCAAAAACAGAAUUCUGUAAGGGAGGCUCUCGUGACCCUUGCUACUGCUACCAGGAGGCAUGGACAAAAGACUAGUAUAGUGAUGGCCGAGUGUGAGGAUGUGCUUAAACAAAUGAACAGGAAUGAGGAGAUGAUGCUAAGAUUGAGAGCCGAGGAAGAAGCGGAGGCGAAGGAAGAGAGAGGCAGAGAAGAAGAAAUCGAGGUUGAACAGAUUAGCAACCUCAGAGAAAUUGACCAGGAUGAAAGGGAAUGCUCUUGGAAUGAUUCUCUCGACAAGGAGAACGGGUAUAACCACAAUAAUCAGAAAAUACUGGAAAAGAACGAUAGAAGGAAGCAAAGGGGGAAGCAGAACGGCGAUUUGACUAUUCGGAAGCAAAGGGUCGAUCGUAACGGAAAUGGAAGCCGAGACAAACGAAACAAUGACAGUCGUAGCAACAGAAACUCGAUGAUACCGAGUGCAGAUGGAGCAUGGCCUAGAAUGCCAUCGAAUCCACGGAAAACUAGUGGGGGAAGAAGGCAUAAGGGACGCCACAAGACCUCCAAACGGGCUUCUCGUGAAUCAGAUACAAGUGCUGAAAGUACUACUAAUUAG